AUGGCGCCUAAGAUGAGCAAGUUGGCUUCUGAGCCAACCGUUGAGCCUCAUCAAUCUGACGCUCAGCCUGCUUCGGGAUACCCAGAGACCGCUCCUUUGCCAGAAGUUGAAUCAGAUGCUCACGAGAGCGACGCUCCCACCAGUGAGACAUCUGAUGAGACAGAGUCGGAGGAAGACAAGAAGAGCAAUGACGGUCAAGAAGACACUCAGGACAAGGACCAUGACGACAAGGACGACCCUUCCUGUGCCACUCCAACACUGACGUCUGCGGCCGCUUCUUCGUCUGACCCUGCUCCGAUUCCUGCCGAGUUCUUUGACCCCAACUUUGACAAGAUGAUUGAGGAGGCCACUUCCAUUGACGAGUUGAACAAGUUGCACGACGAUGCUUUGGCUCGCUCCACCUACUACUGGAAGCAGAAGGUGGCUUUGAAAAAGAUUCUCACCAAGGCGGUCAAUGCUCGCAAGAAGGAGUUGCGGAAGCAGAGGGAGGAGCAGGAAAAGCAGAACAAGACGGAGCAGGUGGUGCCAACUCUAACCAUUCACGUGGUGAUUGAUGGCAAGUCCUACGCCCUGACUCUCAAUGCAACGUCCACAGUCAAGGACAUUCGGGACGCUCUCAAAGUCAACUACGGCUUUACCAUCAAGCGCUUGAAGAAGCUCCGCUACUUGAUGAAUGGAGAGGACAUGGGCUUGCACGCUCGCAGGGAGAUUGGUUCGGGCAAGACUGGUGGCACAGGGUGGAAGAUGACCAAUGACAGCAUUGUCCAGACUUCGGUGGUCGGCCGAGGUGGUGGAAAGCGAGGACGUUCUACGACAACCAUCAGCAAGGAGGAGAAAAUCAACGCAAAGCAGUUGGAGAUGCAGAUGUCCGUGAGCCACGUCUUGAACCUUGGCAUCCCCGACAUGACCUUCAACAAGCAGUUUUUGGAGCAGCUUUCCAACAUGCUUUCGCAAGGCAACGGCAUUGACGAUGUGUUGGACAGCCUUCCCGCCGAGAAGUGCAAACGCAUCCAAGCCUACAUCUUCACAACCAACAACGAGACCUCUCGCUUUGACUUCAUCGCCAAGAUUUGCCUUGACCAGUUCUUCACACGCAUCAGCCAGAUGAGCGCCUUGAAUGACUUGAUGACGGACACAGCAAAGACGACGACCGCCUACGCCCUCUACAAGAGUUACUUGACCGACGCUUCCCGUAUGUCGUGGGAGGGCUUCCGCAUGACACUUGACAAAAUCAUUGAGAAGAAGCAGAUUGAAGCUGCCCAGACCGCCACAGGUUGUGAAGUCACCGAGAAGCCUGCCUACCAUGCUGACGACUUCUAG